UCUCUCUUCCUGUCUUUGUUUCUUUGUCCCUCUCUCUCCAGCUGUUGCUCCUACGUGGGUCGUCGUGGUAACGGUCCUCAGGCGAUAUCGAUAGGGAAGAACUGUGAUAAGUUUGGCAUCGUGGUUCAUGAGUUGGGUCACGUAAUCGGGUUCUGGCAUGAACAUACCCGGCCCGACCGAGACGAUCACGUCACCAUCAUCAGAGACAACAUACAACCAGGUCAGGAGUAUAACUUCCUGAAGAUGGAACCAGGAGAGGUGAACUCACUGGGAGAGCCUUACGACUUCGACAGCAUCAUGCAUUACGCUAGGAACACCUUCUCACGAGGUAUGUUUCUAGACACCAUCCUCCCAUCUAGAGAUGAGAAUGGGAUCCGUCCUGCCAUUGGCCAGAGAACCAGACUCAGUAAAGGAGAUAUAACUCAGGCCAGGAAGCUCUACAGAUGCCCCGCAUGCGGGGAGACCCUACAGGAGUCGACAGGUAACUUCUCGUCGCCCGGUUACCCAAACGGUUACCCCUCGUACACACACUGUGUCUGGAGGGUCUCUGUCACCCCGGGAGAGAAGGUAAACACAGAGAUAGGGGAGAGAAGGUAAACACACAGAGAUAUGGGAGAGAAGAUAAAUACAGAGAGAUAGGGGAGAGAAUGUAAACACAGAGAUAGGGG